AAGAUCUAUAAAUAUGUUAUUACUUCUUAAAUGAUAGAACAUCCUGUAAUACACUUUAUACAAUUCUAUUUUCAUUCCAAAUAAUGCUUGUUGAAUUUUUUUUAUGCUUUUGUUGCCACGUGCUAUUUUUUUUGCAGUUAAUACGAGCUGGGAGCGAGCCCUUUGCUUCAGCGCUUCCUUCAGGGACGCUUUUUCCUUAGGUACUGGGCCCUGCCUUAGAGCAGGUUUGGACUCUUGUCCCAGCAGUGUCUGAGCAGUAACAACCACGGUGGAGAUCCUGGCGUCCCCGUGGCGUGCGGCGCCCUCGCCCCUUCCCUUACAGCCCCUCAGCUGCUUUUGCUCGCUUAAAAAGCUGCACGGCUGGAGUGAUGGGUUUUAAAAGUGAAAGUCCAGUUUGUGGCAUUUCAGAAGCCUUCUUUUCUGAUGGCACUUUUCUCUCGUUAUUACCAGAAAUCCUCCCCCCGCUUCAGUUUGUCGCUUGGGGAUCUGCACAGUCCUCCUGUUUCUUUUUAUUGGAAUCCCCGGUGGUGGAUUUUUUCCUUUUUAUUUUUCUGCUUGCAAAUUCACCUUUGUAAGGUCUGCGUGGCUUUAAUUUGGGUCCUUUAAUUGGGGUUGCUGUUCCGAGCCUUGCUGUGCUUUGGUUUUGAUUCCUCCAGAGAAAGGUGCAGCCUUUGAAGUCUGAAACCUUUUUAUAGCGUGGCCCUAGAGGAGUUAACCCCUCAGGUCUUUGCUUGCACAGAAGUUUGCUUUACCCUCUUGCUUGUUUGCAAACACUUACUGGCAAACUGUUAAAUGCCCCGUGUGGGCGAGUUCCACGCAUGGGCUGUCCAUCGUCCGCUCCGCCUGGAGCAGCAGCGUCACCAGAGCUUUAUAACCCUUAGUGCUUGUGCAAACACCCCGAAAUGCACCGCCUGUCUUGGGUAUUAAACCCAGGAUGUGGUUUCAUGUCAAGGCGUUACGUGAAGACCUGAGGUACCAAAAUAGCCUAGCGGGGUCAAGGCAGUUCCAAGACAAAUAUCAAAUAAAUAAUUUUAAAUACAAUGCUUUAAGAGUCUGCGCCCCAGUAGAAGGCACUUCUGGUUCUACACCUUUUUCUCCUUACUACAAAAAAAAAAAAACGUGUUGCUGAUGCUACGGUAUUACUGCCCUGGGUGUUGGUGGUGUAGGAAGCGAGAGCUCCUCUGUGGACAUUUAACUUGAUCCUCUGGAGCCAGAGGAACCAGAGCUCCUCUGGGGUCCCCGUGCUCCUCUGGGGUCCCCGCGCUCCUCUGGUCCCAGCCCAAAUCCACUCCGUCUGUGUGGGACCCCCAGUGUGUGGAGGAGAGCAGGAUUGCCGGCACGGGCGAGGCUGUAUCUGCUUGUUGAACAUCCUUGUGAAGUCAGUUGACCGUGGGGUCCUGGGAGGUGGCCCUGUGUUCAUGCGUGGUGUGGUGGAAGGGGUUUGCUGAUGAUCUUACUGUAGAUACCCGGCUUCGAACUGUAAACCCACGCUUUCUCCUGGGAUGCCUUGGUUUGCUGGGAGACGGGGAGUUCCGCGUGCUGCCAGGCAGGGUGGCCCUUCCGCAGAAGGUCCCGGGGCCACGUUUCCAGCCCCACUACUGCUGUUGCCAAGCCAGCCCCCGUGAACGAAGCCAACUAUUCCAGUACAAGUGCGGUGCCGUCACCGUGACUGCUCGCGUGGAGGAGACGCCGUCGGUCAGCGAUCGCUGUCUUCGCCUUCCCGACGGCCGCUGGUGCGAGCCCCCGGUGCAGAGGCAGCGGAGCAGCCUGCAGCCCACCCCGCGUCCCGAGGUGCUCGGGAUCCGUCGGGCACCAUGACUGAGCAGCAAAGUCCCCCCGAGCAGAUGGUGACUGGGGAGGGUGCUGGCGAGCGAGGUGGCAAUUACAAGAUCACGAUCUAUGAGCUGGAGAAUUUCCAGGGGAAGAAGUGUGAGCUGACGGAGGAGCUCCCCAACAUCAACGAGAAGGAGCUGGAGAAGGUGGGCUCCAUCCAGGUGGAGUCUGGCCCGUGGCUGGGCUUCGAGCGGCAAGCCUUCGCGGGGGAGCAGUUUGUGCUGGAGAAGGGGGACUACCCACGCUGGGACUCCUGGUCCAACAGCCACAACAGCGACAGCCUCAUGUCCAUCCGCCCCCUCCAGAUCGACAGCCCCGACCACAAGAUCGACAGCCAGGAGCACAAGAUCGUGCUGUACGAAAACCCCAGCUUCACCGGCAAGAAGAUCGAAAUCAUCGACGACGAUGUGCCCAGCUUCCACGCGCACGGCUACCAGGAGAAGGUCUCGUCUGUGCGGGUGCAGAGCGGCACGUGA